UAAGGCAAGUUAUCGUUGAUACAAAUCCGUUGCUUAAGCUGGAGUCAGCUUCAGAGUUGAUAUGCGAAUGAUGCGCUAUAGGUACAACAUGAAGUCCAUGAUAAUCAUAUUAGUGUGUGCCGUUUUCAUAAGCAGUUAUUCUGCUUACAAAACUAACUUGCCUUUAUCAAGUGCUAAUGAUCUGCUCCACUGCAGCUGCUUAUGCACCCAAUUCUUCCCUAAUUCACUUCCUAUCAGCAUUGAUUAACCUGAUGCUAAUUAAAACAUGACAUUUCCGAUGUUUUUGUUCAUGAGGUGUAGUGUCUUUAAAAAUCUACGGAAUCUUUAAAUACAUAUAUUUUCAAGGCAGUCAAAAUGGUUUUUUCCUCAUAGUCAAAGCUAAAAUGUUUAACUUUAGUAGCACACACAUCUCAGUCUAAUUUCUAUACAUUUUGAAGGUUAUAACAGACAUGUUUGUCAAUAUAUCAUUCAUUUUAUAUCUGACUCUAAUUAUAACUUCAAAAUGAAACAAGAUGUAACCUGUCUUUAUAAAAAGUUCAAAUGUAUUUUCCAGAAAUGUAAGGGAAUUACAUGGGUUCAUAUUUUUAAUAUGUUCAUUCUGUAUGUCUUUUGACCUACAAUGCUCAAAAAUAACUAUAUUAGUACAAAUUUAAAUAGUAUUUAAUAAUGCAGCUACCCCCUAAACACACUAAUGCUAAAAAGGAGUCAACUCUCUGACACAUGGACACUUCAGUCUUUGUGCAUCUGGUUCUCUCUGACACAAAAGGGGUGUCAUUCUCUGAGGGAAAAAAAGAGAAUGUUAUUCUGACCCAGAAAAACACCAUGCUCGCAGCCAAGCUGGCCCGCCAGUUAUCUCUGGAUACUCUGAGGAGGAUUCAUCAUGGAACUUCUUACCGCUGUCUUUACUCUCUGUCGAACCUCUUCAUUCACUCGGAAGUAGGGAGGACGAGAGAUGUGAGUCUCCUCUCUGAUUCCAGUGCACUGGGAAGAGGGUUUUACAGCCAGAGGUCUUUCCCUCCGUCGCUUAGAGUACGAGACACACAGCAAUAUGGGAGAAGAUCCAUCAGUGUAUCCGCUGCUACAAUAGUGAACUCAGCACCAAGGCCAGUCCAGCCAUACCUCAGAUUGAUGAGGCUAGACAAACCUAUUGGAACAUGGCUGCUCUACCUCCCAUGUGCAUGGAGCAUUGCAUUGGCUGCAGACCCUGGAUGCCUCCCACAUUUGGGCAUACUCACCCUGUUUGGUACGGGUGCACUGCUGAUGAGAGGAGCGGGCUGCACUAUUAAUGACAUGUGGGAUAAAGACUUUGACAAAAAGGUGUCCAGGACGGCCACGCGACCCAUUGCAUCAGGAGAGAUUUCUCAGAUGCAGGCACUCGUCUUCUUAGGAGGACAGCUUUCUCUGGCACUUUGUGUUCUCUUGUGUCUGAACUAUUACAGCAUAGCCUUGGGUGCUGCCUCAUUGUCUCUAGUCAUCUCCUACCCGCUGAUGAAGAGGAUCACUUAUUGGCCGCAGUUUGUGUUAGGCCUCACUUUCAACUGGGGGGUGCUGCUCGGCUGGUCGGCCGUCAAGGGCUUCUGUGAUUGGUCUGUAUGCCUCCCGCUGUAUUUCUCGGGAGUGAUGUGGACGCUGAUAUAUGACACAAUAUAUGCACACCAGGAUAAGGAGGACGACGUCAAGAUCGGAGUGAAGUCCACUGCGCUGAGGUUCCAGGAGCAAACCAAACCUUGGCUGAGUGGCUUCACGGUGGCCAUGUUGUCAGGCCUGGUUGUAGCCGGAGUCAAUGCUGAACAGACACUCCCUUACUAUGCAGUUCUGUCCACAGUGGCCAUUCACCUAACGCAUCAGAUUUACACAUUGGACAUUCACAAACCAGAGGACUGCUGGAAGAAAUUUGUGUCAAACCGAAACCUUGGAUUGUUGCUGUUUUUAGGCAUUGUCGCUGGAAAUCUUUGGAAAGAAAGAAGAGAGUCUUUGCUACAAAAUGAGGAGGCAGUCAGAUAAGUGACGCAAGCAUAACAGUUCAUGUUUUUAUUACAUUUAAACAUUGUACGUAUGGGAUCAAAGCUCUGUGAGAGAGCAACAGGAUGAACUACAAGCUGUGAUUUUAACCCUCACAAUAUUGUUAUUGGAAACUUUUGUUUGACUAAUGAUUGAUAAAACAGCCGUAGAGAGAAAAGGGAAAGAGAGAGAAGGUCUGACCCAGCAAUUGAGUGUGAGUAAAACUCAUACCCUUGCUGCUGAGCUAAGGAGUCAACCUUGGCACAAAGACCGCCCGCUCUACCAGGUGAGCUACGAGGCGCCUUCAAUCGGCUUAACCUGAUUAGAAAAAUACCUCUUGGUACAUAAAAAAUAUGAUUUGUGCUGCUGAAUCAAACUCUAGUAGCUGCACACAUUCACAAAAAAAAAUAAACUUGGCAAAUCCCUUGGUUUUUUUGGACUAAAUUUGCUUUUUUUAAUAGGCAGUAUCAGUAUUGAUUUAUAACUUGUCAAAAUCACUAUAAAUAAAAUAAAGCUUUAAAAAAAAAUAUGAUUCCAAACUUUCUGUCAACUAUCUGAUUAAAAGACCCAAUAUACAUUUUAUGUCACGUAAUUUACACUUUUAAUUUUGUAUGUUUAAUUGGUGCUGACCAAUCAAAAAUGCUGCUAUAAGAUCUGUGUGAAGAAGUUUAAAUAAAAAUAACAAGUAUCAGUAAUCAAUAACUGAGUCAGUUUUCGGUCAUCUGCUUCUUCCUUUAGGGAGUAGAUUAUUUGUUUUUACAGUUUGAGCAUGAUGUUUUUUUAGGUGGCUAAGUUAUGCAAAGUGCCUCAAUACAAUAGUAUUAUUAACAUCUUUGUUGUUAAAAAGAGGGAGAGACCCGGUAUUCGAUUGUCAUCAGUAUAAGCAGACACAAGAGAUUUUAGUAUUUGACAUGAAAGAGCUAUUUCCCAUCCCUUCGAUAAACCUGAACUUACGGGGAAAUUGUAAUGUCUUGUUAUCCUUGCUAACACCUCAAAGCUGCAUUAAACGGUUUUUACCACUAGGAAGCAGCAAAACAAAGCCCGCCUUAUGAAGUAUUUGCU